GCGCUCUCGGCCUCCGCCCUUCGAAAUGCCGCCGGCUCCUGCGCGGGCUCCACGGGCCCUUAGCCGGGUUUACAGUCCCAAGGGGAGCCGGGGACAAGACCUAAGCGGUACGAGCGCGCGGUGACAGUCCGGUGGCGGCGGUGACCUGACGGCGGGUGCGGAAGUUAGACCGUCAAAGGGCGCUGCGCAAAGCCCCUCGCAGACCUCCGAACUCAGAACUCUCGCGAGGCGAGACUGGGCUUCCCGGAAGUGAUUCUCCGGAAGCAGCAUGGUUGCUUCCCUGUCCUGGCCAGGCUGAGCCCGCUGAACCGCUGACAAGAUGCAGUCAGAUGAUGUUAUCUGGGAUACACUAGGAAACAAGCAAUUUUGUUCCUUCAAAAUAAGAACCAAGACUCAGAGUUUUUGCAGAAAUGAAUACAGCCUGACUGGACUGUGUAAUCGGUCGUCCUGUCCCCUGGCAAACAGUCAGUAUGCCACUAUCAAAGAAGAGAAAGGACAGUGCUACUUGUAUAUGAAGGUUAUAGAACGAGCAGCUUUCCCUAGGCGUCUCUGGGAACGGGUCCGGCUUCAUAAAAACUAUGAGAAAGCACUGGAGCAAAUAGAUGAAAAUCUGAUUUACUGGCCCCGUUUCAUUCGACACAAAUGUAAGCAGAGAUUCACCAAGAUCACCCAGUACCUAAUUCGAAUUCGAAAACUUACACUAAAGCGACAGAGGAAACUUGUUCCUUUGAGUAAGAAGGUGGAACGGAGGGAAAAAAGAAGAGAGGAAAAGGCAUUAAUAGCUGCUCAGCUGGACAACGCCAUCGAAAAGGAAUUGCUGGAGAGACUGAAACAAGAUACGUAUGGCGACAUCUACAACUUCCCCAUCCAUGCCUUCGACAAGGCCCUGGAACAGCAGGAGGCAGACAGUGACUCUUCAGUUGCUGAGGAAAAAGAUGAUGAAGAAGAUGAAGAAGAUGUGGGAAAAAGAGAGUUUGUGGAAGAUGAUGAAGUUGAUGAGAGUGACAUAAGUGAUUUUGAGGACAUGGAUAAACUGGACGCUAGCGGUGAUGAAGAUCAGGAUGAUAAAUCCUCCAGUGAGGAAGAAGAAAAGGCCGUUGACACUAAACACAAUGGCAAAGCACCCUUGAAAGGACCUUUGAGGAGGAAAAAAGCAUAUGUAGAGAUAGAGUACGAGCUGGAGACAGAGCCCGAGGCCAAGGCCAAAACCACGUGAUUUCCCUUCAGACGUUUAUAAACAGGACUGGACAUUUUGAACCUCUUCCCUUUUUUAAUCUUAAACACAUACACACUUCUGGGUUAUGCUCUUUAUCUUGUUUUUAACACAAUAUUUGUGUUUUUAAUAUUUAUGCUACUUCUGUGGGGCAAAAAAUCUGGGAGGGAGUGGAGAAAAGCCUAAAUUGUGAACAGAGUAUUUUUAUAGCAUUGUUACAUGUGCUGAAGUAACAGCUUGAGCCCAAGAAACGUAACAGAUGAGUUUGUGGGUGUAAAUAUUUCUAAAUUUUAAAUGCUACCCACCCGUUUCCUUGGUAUCCUCCCCCUGCAUUCCUCCCCCUCCCCCCUUUAUUUAGAAAUGUCCAGACUUCAAUUUUUUCAUGUUCUCUUUUCCCUACUUCUAUGGGAGUAAAAAGGAAAGAAGGAAAAAGAAGAUCUAAGUUAUAAUGUUUAAUAUAAAUAUACCUUUUUCCUGAAAUAAUUCCAUUUAAAACAACUGGAACAGAAAGAAAAUCUUUUCUCUUCAGGAAAGUAAUACAAGUCUUAAGUUGCAUCGUAGGGAUCGCCUUCAGAAACCUGCUGCACUCUUCGGAUAUAGUUCCCCACCUUACUGUCUUCACAGCUUUGGGGGAUUUUAGCCAGGAGACCCUGAAACAUCAAACCAAAUAGUCUUUGUUUUUUGUUUGUUUGUUUGUUUGAGAUGUUUUCCUUUUACCUUGGUUGUUCUUUCUUGGUACAAUACUCAAAGAAGGGAAGGACGGAUGACACUAGGGCACAGUUCACAGAACAGGUGUAACUUUAGAAACGGAAAUAUCCUACUGGAGCACAAAGAAGCAGCUUACUACCAGUCAGGGUGAAUCAGAUUAAAUCUAGGGCUUGAAAAGUGCCCAAGAUUAAAAAGCCAAGAUGAAAUAAUUUGAAUAAACCAUGCUACCCCUAAAUAUUUUUAGGAUAUGAAUUUCUUUUCAUGCUGCCUUAUAACUUUCAAUUGAAGAUUUCUAUAUGGGGUAAGAAAUGAGACAAUAAUUUAUAAAUUAUGUAUACGUGGACACACAGCUAUUAUAUGCUAUGGCUUUGAGAAGUUAACGUCUGUGGAAUAUGAGACCAAAGGAAGAAUUCCCACAUGGAUAAAUAAGCAUGUGGAAAACACAGUUGCCUCUGAAAAAGUGGAAACAUUUCUGGUAACUGAAUUACUUAUUCUACCUAAAUUAUUACUCCUUGGUGGUUUAUAGCCCACUAUUUCAACCUUUUUUUUUCAUUCAGACCACUAGAACAGAACUUAAAUUUUACAAAUUCUUGAUCAUGAUCCUUUUGCCCAUUCUCUGUCCUGGCUCCAGAAAUAUCCACUGAUCCUCUUGCCUUUUGGUCUAAACAGUUCUGAAUAGCUUUAAAGGAAGAAUAAGGUAUUAAUCAAACUCCAUUGAAGGCUAGAAGGCUCAGAGGUAGAGACGCGAACCCCCCAAGUUCAUUUACAGACUUGGUCAGGCACGUAAAUGUAAAUUAGAAUCACAGGAAUUACCUGAGGAUGAAGAAGCCUAUCUGAAACCAAGUCGCAGACUGUCCCUUACCUUCACCUGUCCUUGAGAGCAGCGGUCCAGGAGAAUCAGGCAGUCUGUGGCCUCUUCUAACAAGGCGCUCUUAACAGAUUCGGGUGUGAGGCUUGAAUCCUUUGCUACAUCACAUAUCAGUUUCAAGAGAGCCUUCAGUAAGACCACAAGUCUACAGGGAACUCUGGAAUCAAGAAGAAAAAUGAUGUUCAGACUCCGAAUCAGGAUAUUAAAAUUGAAAGAGACUUCAAAGGCCAUCUAGUAGAAAACCCUCAUUUCAUAAAUGAAGGAACUGAAGUCAAAAUUUAAGACCACAGAGCUGGAAGCAGAACUAGAGACCAGACUCCAGAUUUCUGAACUUUAAGGCCCUUGUUUUUUUCUACAGCACGCUGCCCAUACACACUGACAUUCUGGCCUGCCCAGGAAUACCUAGUUUCCCUCCAGAAGCAUGGUCCUACCGUAAGGAAACAGCCCCUCCUGGAAAGGGAGAACUGGGACCUCCCUUACCAGGGGCCUAUACUUUUGACCAGAGAACAGGAAAUGGCCCAUAGUUCUUUAGCUUUGAUGCGGUCUUAGGCCUGGAGAUUAAAAAUACAGUGAGGGAAAUAAGCUUGGCUUUUGAGACUUGUCAAUUUGAGUUUUCUGUCACUAUAUUUCUAGAUCCUAGAUUACCACCAGUUAGGCCCAGUCUAUUUACUUCUACGUAGUGUUUCUAAAAGUUUUUAUGAUAAUGAUUACACAAAAUUGUAAAUGCACUUAAUGCCACUGAAUUGUACACUUUAAAAUGGUAAAUUUUAUGUAUUUUUUGACCACAAUAAAAAAAAAAACUAAAAAGCCUUAA